AUGACCGUCCCAAUCGACCACCCCAUCUCUACCCCGCCGAGGGCACCCUCGCCAGUGGCUGGCUUCGGCACGCUCGCCGUCCACGCAGGUGCCCCGCAUGACCCGACGACGGGCGCCGUCAUCGAGCCCAUCUCGCUGUCGACCACAUUCGUCCAGACCGACGUUGGCAAGCCCCUGGGCAUCUACGAGUACUCGCGCAGCUCCAACCCUAACCGCGACAACUUCGAGCAGGCCAUCGCCGCCCUCGAGCAUGCCAAGCACGCCCUCGCCUUCGCCAGCGGCAGCGCCGCGACCGCCACCAUCCUGCAGAGUCUGGCCGGCGGCUCGCAUGUCAUCAGCGUGAGCGAUGUCUACGGCGGCACCCACAGAUACUUCACCCAGGUGGCCAAGGCGCAUGGCGUCAAGGUUACUUUCACCCCACAGAUCGAGGUCGACAUCGCAGAGCACAUUACCGACGACACGAGGUUGGUGUGGAUCGAGACGCCGAGCAACCCUACCCUUAGACUGGUCGAUAUCCGAGCCGUGGCCACGGCGGCGCACGCACGCGGCGUCUUGGUGGUGGUCGACAACACAUUCCUCAGCCCGUACGUGCAAAAUCCGCUAGACCACGGCGCCGACAUUGUCGUGCACAGUGUCACCAAGUACAUCAACGGUCACAGCGACGUGGUCAUGGGCGUGGCCGCCUGCAACUCGGACGAGCUCCGGCAACGGCUCGCCUUCUUGCAGAACGCCGGUGGUGCAGUGCCGUCUGCCUUCGACUCGUGGCUGGCACACAGAGGAGUCAAGACGCUACACCUGCGCGUGCGGCAGUCCAGCACAAACGCCCUGGCCGUUGCGCGGGCGCUGGAGGCUAGCCCGCACGUCAUCGCCGUCAACUACCCGGGGCUGGACUCGCACCCACACCGCGCCAUCGCGCUGAAGCAGCACCGUGACGGCCUCGGCGGCGGCAUGCUCUCGUUCCGGAUCAAGGGCGGCCGGGAGGCGGCCGAGCGCUUCUGCAAGUUCACCAAGAUCUACACGCUGGCCGAGAGUCUGGGCGGCAUCGAGAGCUUGUGCGAGCUGCCGAGCGCCAUGACGCACGCCGGCAUCCCCCGCGACCAGCGCGAGGCCGUCGGCGUCUUCGACGACCUGGUGCGCCUGAGCAGCGGCAUCGAGGAGCCCGAGGAUCUGGUGCGCGACAUCCAGCAGGCCCUGGUCAGGGCGGUGCUGGGGGACAAGGUCCCGAACGGUGUUAACGGACAUGCUGAAAAGUAG